AUGAAAUUUGCAGCAGACCUGUACAGCUACAAGAACAUUGUGGUGUUGUUGGGCUUCGGCAGCCGAGUCGUUGUUAUCACUUUGGUCAUGUAUCUAACACUAGCCAAAGUGCCAAAGAGUUUCUUCAAAACAUUCACGCUGAAUUUACUGGCCAUCAACAUAAUCUACACCGUUAUGUUGGCUGCCAAAUCUGUGCGUCGGAUCGAAAAGCUAUAUACCAGUGUCGAAAAUACGUUUUGGUUUCUUUUCUUAAUAUUUUAUUACAAAUAUGGACGUUUGGAAACCAUAUUAGACUAG